AUGCAAGCAUGGUGCCAGAAGGAUUUGCCAACCAAGGAGGACCUGCCGGCAAACUCACGUGAUGUGAACCCCUGGAGACCAUCUGGAUUAUCGUAGACGAGACAACAUACAAAGAUCCAGCCCCCUAAACACUGGACGAGUUAAGACAGUAACUAUGCUUCGCCUGGAAGAGCGUGACUUUGGACACGCUUUGGGAACUCGUACUUCACCUCUUAGAAAAUGUCAGAAAACAUACAGGAAGACGUUCUGGUUACUAAUAUUUUAG